AUGGUAGAGCUAGACAAGACCUUCAAAGCCAUUUUUGAAGUCUUGGUGGAAGACUUAGUGGCCUAUUUCUAUAAAGUUUUGGAUCAACUUCAGGAAAUCUGGGACUUCAUUGGAAUUCCAGAAGAUCAAAAGCUUCAGAGGCUUAAAGUUGUUAGAGAACAUGUCCAAGGCCUCUUGGACAUGAUGAUUGAAGAAGAAAAGAACUUGAAGGAGAGGAUCCUAAAAAAAAUUGAUUCGAAUCGAGAAGAACAGAACAUUCUGCUCAAAGAGUUAAAACUGGAGCCAGUUUUAGAAGGAGAGGGGAUUACAAUCUUGGAGCUAGAGAAAAAUCUUCAAACACAGAUACAGGAAUUGAAAAGACAGAAGGAAGAAAGGAUAAAAGAACAAAAACUACUGCGAGAACAAGACCAAAAACUGUGUGAGAUGCUUCAAGUGCUCCCAUACAAUCUUGACAGUGAUUCCGUCCUCAGCAUAGAGGAGCUGAAUCAGUUCAGAAAUCACCUUGCAGCCCUGGAGAAAACAAAGGCAAGCCGAUGGGAAGCAUUUGUCAGUACAAAGAAGCAGAUCCUACUUUGUAUGGAAGAUCUGGACCAUACCCCAGAAACGAAUUUUGAGAGAGAUGUGGUAUAUAAGGAGGAAGAGACCUUUUGUCUGUCAUUGGAGAACAUAACAGCCCUAAAAAAUCUGCUUUUACAGCUAGAAAUGAAGAAAGCUGAGACCGAAGCUGCGUGUGAAGGGCUACUCUCACAGAUCAGGGAGCUCUGGGAAUGGUUAUACAUCUCUGCCCAGGAGAGAGAGGCUCUGGCCAUGCUCAUGACUGGCUCCAAGACCAAGAUCAGAAAAGUGCUACAAUCAGAAUUGGAUCGAUUGGAGAAGCUGAAGGUUGAGAAUGUGAAAAAAAUGAUUGAAGAAAUCAGGGUGGAGAUGGCACUAUAUUGGGAAAAAUGCUUUUACAGCCAGCAAGAAAAGGAAGCCUUUACCCAUUAUUAUGAAGAGGACUACUCAGAGACCUUACUUCAGUUCCAUGAUGCAGAAAUUGUGAAGCUAAAACAGUAUUAUGAGAAGCACAAAGAACUCUUUGAAGGUGUUCUGAAGUGGGAAAAGAACUGGAGAUUUUUCCUGGAAUUUGAGAGAAAAGCUUCAGAUCCAAGCCGGUUUAUGAAUCGUGGUGGAAAUCUCUUGAAAGAAGAAAAGCAACGAUCCAAGUUCCAAAAAACACUUUCUAAGCUGGAAGAGGAGCUAAAAGGACAGAUUGAAAUGUGGGAAAAAGAAUAUUCUAAGGCUUUUGUGGUAAAUGGCCAGAAAUUCACAGAAUAUGUGAUGGAAGAGUGGGAGACCUUUCAUUUGAAGAAAGACAAAGAAAAGAUGCAGCGCCAACUAAAGAAGAACCAGCAAACAGGAGCAGAGAUGCAUAGUAGCAGAUCCAAAACAAUCUGCAAGAAGCAAGAACUGGGGCCUAAUGCAUUAGGCAAAGCCUGCAAGUAAACAUCAUCAGAGGCUUCCAACUUUGAUUUCUUCAGUGUUCUCUUAGUUUUUAUUUCUUCAUAUUUCCUGGACUUCAUUACAAGAUUUUGUUUUUGGCUUUUUCUUUUUGCUCAUACUGGACAAGAAAAAUUUUAAAUGAUUUGCUGUAAAAGUCCGUUAGUAAGCCCACAUUGUCCUCAGAAUUUAACCUUAAUGACUAAUACUUAUUGUUUGUAAUUUUUAUAAAUAUAUAUGCAUAUGUAUUUGACAUGUUUUAUAUUUUCAAUUAUUUUUUAAUGUAUAAAAUACUUCUCUGCCCUGUCAUCUUUCUAUUCAUUAAGAUGAGAUUUAGUAACUAAUUUGCAGUAUCUAAGAAAUAUCUUUGACCUUUCACAGAACAAUCACUAGGGUGAUCACUAGUUAUUAGAGAUACAGAAGGCAGUUCACAGAUAAAGGAAGAAGCAGUAGUUCUGUAAAGGAUUUGUUGUUGUGUAUACAAAAAAAGUGUAAAGUAAAAGUCCAUGCCUUCAAAAAGUUCAUAGAAAAGGAGAUUUAAAACUAACAUGGAUAGAGGAAUUAAAAUCUUGUCCUGGAAGGAAAGGGGAUUUUUUUCAUUCCUUAGAUAGAAGUAUGUAACAUGGAAAGAACCACAGGAGUAGAAAGGGUGAAGUUGGGGGAAAAAUCAAUCAAGCUAGCUGGGAUUGUUGGUCCCUUCUUUCUUGGCCU